AUGUUCUUCAGGUCGGCACUCAGACGGACAGCAACGCUUUCACGCUCAGCACGGUCUUACGCGACCAAGAUCCCUGCGGAACCGGUGACGGAAGGUGCAACCGUUGCUGCUCAGGCUACCCCAAAAGUGCCUCUGAAUGUCUCGUCGUGUCCAGCGAACACGGUGCUCACGGGCCUGAACUACCUCAAGGGCCAGCCGCCAGUCAUUGCGCUCCCGGACGAGGAGUACCCACCCUGGCUCUGGGACAUACAGAAGCCCAAGGUGCUGCCGGAUGACGGGCCCGGAGGUCUGUUCGAAAAGGCGCAGCUGAAGAAAGAUAGGCAGCAGCGGAUAAAGGACGCCAAUUUUAUGAAGACGCAAUAGGCGGGGUGCUGGGGGUGCUUAUGUGUUACUCGUGUUUGCUUUUAUUGACUAGACUAUGUAUUCGCCCAGUUGCAUACAUCCUGGACGGUCC